CACUAGCAUUGCCUGCGGAGUGAUCACGAGGAAUUAAAUGGUGAACGAACGGACGAGGAAACGCUGCACCGCUGCUUUCGCUUUGUACGGAAAAAAGGGACGCGUGAAAAUAAGUAAAUAAAUAAGUGCGAGUGAAAGUAGGAAAAAUUGUUUACAGUGUAACAAGUUCGAUAAAAGUAAAAGGCUAAAAAUCAUUGACAAACAAAGUGAAUAAUCAACCGGGGUUGAAAGACAGCAAAACAAACGAGAUAAACAUAAACAUCAACGGCACGUUUCCCGCAGCGAAUAAGAGAAGAGAGGAACGAUCGAGUGAUAAUAUUGAUAACCGGUGUGAAAAUUGGCGGGAGAAAUUCAAAUCCUGGCGCAAGGCGCAACUCUGCCGAGGGAAUCGACGAUUGAGUAUAGUCGACGUUGUAUCUUCAUACGAGAUCGAAGAUGUUCCGUAUCGGUAAAUUGUCAAUCGUCGCGUUGUACUCGUCGUUGUUGUUGUUUUUUUUCGCCGAAAUCGGCGACUCGGAGGGUCGUCUGAGCGGACUUUACGUCGACAAUGGUCUCGACCAGACGGUUAUACACCGGGUAGUUACGCAGCGUGAAAGACAGGAAGUUGAACACGAGAUAUUGAAUCUCCUGGGGCUUCCGGAUCGACCCAGAGGAGUCGGUGGACAUCCGCCACAGGUGAAACGAUCGGCGCCAAAGUUUCUCCUCGAUAUAUACAGGAACACCCUUGGCGAGGGGGAGGAUCAGGACUUGUCGUCGACGGUAAAACCCGAAGGAGAUCGCGGACACUUUGAUCUUAGCGGACAAGAUCUCAGGGCGAUUGACCAGAGCGAUGUUAUAAUGAGCUUUGCUGCGCACAAUCACCACGUGGCCGGGGUUCGUCACGAGCGUGGAAAGCGGCUGUGGUUCGACGUGUCGGAAGUACCACCAGGAGAAUCCAUAAUAGGCGCGGAAUUGAGGCUUUACCAAAGUCCGGAUUUGAAAAAUAAAAAGAAACAAGGAUCCUACGUUGUGACGGCGUACCGAGUUCUGCGCACCGAAGACGGGGAACGGGAGUUGCAGUACGUGGAUGCGAUGAAUACAUCAACCGGUCGAGAAGGCUGGUUGACUCUAAACGUUAGCGAGCCUCUCCAGCACUGGGUUAACGAUCCUGAGGCAAAUCGAGGGCUGUACCUGUCUGUACAUCCAGCCGAUCGAUCCGUGCAUGAAAUGAGACCCGAGGAUGUUGGGAUCGUCGGCUCAAGGGGUGAUGUUGACAAGCAGCCCUUUAUGGUUGCUUUUUUCAAAAGCUCGGGUAUCCGAGAGGCGAGAGUAAGACGAAAACGAGAUGCUCGACGGCGAAAGAAGAGCGACUCAUCGAGCGUUGACUACAGAAGCAACCCUUACACUGAUCCUUCGAUUCAAUCGAACGCGAGAACGUGCAAGAUACAGACGCUUUACGUGAGCUUCAGAGAUCUGAAGUGGCAGGAUUGGAUCAUUGCGCCGGAUGGCUACGAUGCCUACUACUGCAGCGGUGAAUGUAACUUUCCUUUAAACGCCCACAUGAAUGCAACCAACCAUGCAAUAGUGCAGACCCUGGUGCAUCUGGUAAGCCCGGGAAAAGUUCCAAAGCCGUGUUGCGCGCCAACGAAACUUUCGGCGAUAUCGGUUCUGUACUUUUUGGAUGACAGCAACGUCAUCCUAAAGAAGUAUAAAAAUAUGGUCGUUAAAAGCUGCGGUUGUCACUAACUUUCACAUUAUACGCCGUCGCAUCGCACGAUCGAAUGAUAAAAAUCAUAAUUUUAAUAGUUUCUAUACUUUUCCAGACGUUCUUUCUUUCGUCUCCUCUCAUUUAUAUUCAUACAAUUAAGAAGCUAAAUAUUGACGCGUGCGUUGGCAGUUUUUCUUUUUUCUGUCUUGUAAUUUAUCGACGUGUUUUUCUCAAAUUGCCAUAACAACAGCCAAGGA